UCCUAUCCUCAUUUUUGCGAAUGAGCACCAAUCAAAAGUGUUCGACAAUGAAUUAGUAAUGGCGGCCUACACGAAUGGUGAAGACGAUUUUUUUUACCUCGCUGUUCUCAUAGUCGUCAAAGAUGUCCGGAAAGACAAAACAUGCCGAAGUUGCAACUGCCAGAAGCCGAUUAGGUGCGACUCUUCAACAUCUUGUUGAGAAAAAAGAUGAUGGUGUGACAGCAAGUGAUGGAGAAGACAACAGUUUGCUGGCAGACAUUGGCAGUUCCCUAUCUCCAGUGCAGUCUCCAAGAAAACUAGCUAAAAGCAGGAAAAGAAAACGAAAAGAUGAAGCCACAGAAUACAACCCUGGUUCUCAGCAUCAGACAUAUAUUAUGAAGCUGUUUGACAGAAGUGUAGACCUUGCACAAUUUGAUGAAGACUCACCACUUUAUCCUAUCUGCCGGGCCUGGAUUCGUAACCAGCCUGGCACUCAAGGCCUCACGAUGGGACAGCGCACACCUUCUCCUGACCCCGAGGUGUCUUCCUCUCAAGACGAUGAAGUUAUGGACAACUUUCCAAACGUUUAUCAGAUGCCCCCACCCAUCAAACAGGAGUUUACAGGACAACACACAAGCUUGAGAAUACCUGCAUCACUUCCAAAACCUUCAGAAAUUUUAGACAUUCAUAGAGACCCAGAAUGUGCACCUCCUCCGGAACAGCUGCUUCUUGAUCACAUGUCGCGUUGGAAACAGAUUAGGAAUACGUGGCGUGAAGCUAGUAUGCAGAAUGAAAUGCGGUAUACAGAAAGCAUGGCUGUCCUUAAAGUCAUGUAUGAGAGGAAUAUGAAGGAUGGCUAGGAAAAUCAUUUGCAAUCUACUCUUCAAAAACCUUCCUUCUUGUUCUAUGGGGCUGUUUAGCCACACCACUCUAUAGUUCUUUUGGAGGUAUGUGGGGCUGUUAUUAGUUGAAAGCAAACCCUUUAUGACCACACUGCCUUUGUUAUUCCUUGUGGUUUUGCAUGGUACAGCUGAGAGUGGUCUUGAACUUACUGUGCAUCUGUAGAAGACAGGCAUGAUUUGGAAGUUCAUUUAAUGUCAUGCAAGAGAGCUUUGUGAUAGAGCUGUCACCCAAAAAGUAAAAUUUUUACUGUAAAUUCUUCUUACCAGAUGACCUGACCAUAGGACUUCAAAGGGCUACAACUGCUCUUUAACCAAAUGAAGUAUUUACCCCAGGGCAGUAGGGGAGAGCAGUUCUGUAUGCUCUUCCCCAAACCUCAGAAUUAAAAAAAAACCCCAACCUUCCAUGUAGGUCCAGCAGUUUUUUUUUGUCAAACCCCAUGGUGAAAGUAGGGAAGGCUGGUAGAGGGCAUUCACGUCAGGUCAUCUGGUAUCAAAGAAAGACAAUUUACAAUUAAAAAAGGUUUCUUUUCUGCUGUCAGAAGAAUAGUUCCUACACUGUAAUCCUUGAAAGUAUCUGUAUAAGAGGGAGACAGCUGUGGUUCAUGUAAGUGUACCCUCAAAAACAAAGUGAAAAGACUGCUGAACCCAUGUGGGAAGGUAUACAUAAAUAUAUAUUUUUAGUAGUCCCAAGCAGCAAUGGGAUUAGUGGGGAGAGCACUCUAGCUAGAGGGACUGCUACAACCCCCCUCCCCCAAACACUGCCCAGGGGGAAAUCAUUUAUUUCCAGUUUUAGCCCUUAAGGUCCUAUGGUCAAGUUGUAAAGUUAAAGAAAUGAUGUAUAUCAUUGUAUCCAUACAAAUGUAAAAAUAUGGCCAUAGUCACUUUGUUCUAUUGUUUGGCAAGCUUUUAGCACAGAUCAGGUCAUUCAGAACAGUAGAUUAAAUUAUUCCUAGAGAUUAUGAGUUUGGAAUGGACUGCACAAGGAUCAUAUAUUAACUAUUUCGAUGGCUUUUUUUCUGUGGAACACAUUAACAUGGAUAGGAUUUCUUACAAGAAUAAAUUCUGUAAAAAAAAUCAACUACUGAACAAAAAUGAAAGAA